ACACACAUUACAAUACAUACACACUAGUUUUGAACGAAGACAAAAAGAACAAUACAUUGCCAUAAAGCAUACUACAGCGUUCGUGGCAAAAUUUGAAUAUAUUAAACAGAAGCGAACAUUGACGAGAUAUAAACAAUUGACUAUGUUGAGAAACAUUUGGAAGCUCAAGACUGUUCUCUCAGUCUGCGCUCAUUGUGUCAUAGUUAGCGUCCUACUUCUCUGGCACUGCACUACCCCCGCAAAUGGGUUGGACAAUGUAGCUCUGGGAAAACCGGCAGAAAAAACAGAAUAUCCUUAUACUUAUAACGGAUUAUAUCUCGCCCGUUUCGCGAUCGAUGGAAACAACGACACAAAUGUGGACAACUGCUCUUUUUCAGGUUAUAUAAUGAACAGACACCUCUGGUGGAUGGUCGAUCUUCUUCAGACAUUUCUGGUCCACUCGGUCCAAAUCACUAGUGCUAGUUAUAAUUUUGGACUAUCUCCAGAUGAAAUCAUCCUGAAGAAUUCCUCAGUUUACGUGGCCGAGGGGAAUCCCCAAAACGAUCCCGAAUUCCCGAACGAGAAUAGUUUGGGAAAACUGUGUGUGCGCGUGGAGACGGAGAUAGGGAGAAGGAAAACUGUGCUGCAGCCUUGUGUUAGUCCGGUCUCUGGCCGGUUUGUCACGGUCUAUAGGAGCAAAUGGGAUCUGAUCUUGUGUGAAGUCGAAGUGUUUGCCCAGGCGGUCAACGCGUCAUCUUCUACCGUACAGUUUUCCAUGGACAUUUCCAAGGGACGAAAAAGUUUGCAGGCUCCCCCGCUAUUCUCGAGGCAAGGUGUGAGAAGUUUGCUGGAGUGUGCCACAGUUUGUGUGGGGAAGAAGGGGGAGAGGGGAGAGGUGUGUAACAGCCUCCACUACCAGAGGAGCACACGUGACUGUGAGUGUCUGCAGCUGUCUGACCUCCACUCAUACAAAGAAAAACAAGAACCAAACUCCCGAUGGACACUGGCGACGCUCAACAAUGGCGGCAACUAGAAACUUGGCGAGUUUGAUGCCGAGCUUGUUCUUUGUAGACUAGUUUGUUUGUU